AUGACAAGCAAUACUAAUAAUAAUUCUGAUCAAGACGAUGCUCAAUUAUAUAAUGAACUACAUGAAGAACUUUUAUAUGAAGUACUUUUAUAUAAGAAGAAAGAUAUAAUAGCUAUUCAGAAAAAACUCGGUAUGGCGAUGGAGUCUCAUCCGAGACCACCCCCAUCUAUUAAUGGCAAUACAAAUAAAACAGCAUUGAAUCAAAGCAAGAAAAAAAAGACACUUAAAGAUUCAUUUGGGCUGUUAUUUGAUUUGGUGGAGGAAUUAAAACUGAUAUAUGAGAAAAUCGAUAUUUGUGGUAAAGCUGCCGCCCGAAAUUAG